GUCAAGCUGGGGACAGGCAGUGUGCGCCACCCCAAAGUUUUCGGAGUGCUGGGCGGGGGCGCGCGCGCUCGGGCCACCGCUGUUCUGGGCGGCCGCAGGUGAAGACGCGCGGGCGCGGCGGGGGCGGCCGCCUCGGAGGGAACGAAGUGCGCUGCCCGCGGGCGGCGCUGUGAGCGCGGGGCAGCGGGUCGACCGGGAGCGCGAAGCCGGGUCGGAGCCUGCGGGGGGCGGGGAGUGUGGCGGAGAAAUGGGGAACAAUGCGAGUGAGCAACUUCAGGAAGUCAUUGUGAAAGAAAGCUGGGAAGAGCUCCGCGGCCAAGUUAUCAGGGCACUCUAACAAGUGCCUGCGCGGCCCGCGCCCAAGGUGGCGACGCGGCGACAGCUCUGGGUCCCCGAGCAGCCAGCGUAGUACAGCCCGAGCGGGUCGUAGAACCGCGGCGAGGCGGGCAAUCGGGUCGAGCCCCGCAGGGCAGAGGGAGCCCGGCUCCAAGGUUGCUCUUCGCCCGGAGGAUCGAUCUUGGCCCCCAAAGUGCGACGCACAAAUCCACAUAACCUGAAGACAAUGGAUGCUGAUGAGGGUCAAGACAUGUCCCAAGUUUCAGGAAGCCCAGGAAGUAGAGAAGUCACUAAUGGAGAACCUAAAGGGAAGGAGAGUCCCCCAGUAAGUGACACUCCAGAUGAUGGUGACGAGCCCAUGCCUGUCCCUGAAGACCUUUCUACCACCUCUGGAGGACAGCAGAAUUCCAAGAAUGAAAGAGGAGUGGUUCCAUAUGGGGCUGAUGGCUUUAGGGAUUUUCAUGCAAUAAUUCCCAAAUCUUUCUCUCCCAGUAAUGUUAAAGUAGAGACUCAGAGUGAUGAAGAGAAUGGGCGUGCCUGUGAAAUGAAUGGGGAAGAAUGUGCGGAGGAUUUACGAAUGCUUGAUGCCUCGGGAGAGAAAAUGAAUGGCUCUCACAGGGACCAAGGCAGCUCGGCUUUGUCGGGAGUUGGAGGCAUUCGACUUCCUAACGGAAAACUAAAGUGUGAUAUCUGUGGGAUCAUUUGCAUCGGGCCCAAUGUGCUCAUGGUUCACAAAAGAAGCCACACUGGGGAACGGCCUUUCCAGUGCAACCAGUGCGGGGCCUCCUUCACCCAGAAAGGCAACCUGCUGCGGCACAUCAAGCUGCACUCCGGGGAGAAGCCCUUCAAGUGCCACCUCUGUAACUACGCCUGCCGCCGGAGGGAUGCCCUCACCGGUCACCUGAGGACGCAUUCCGUUGGUAAGCCUCACAAAUGUGGAUAUUGUGGCCGAAGCUAUAAACAGCGAAGCUCUUUAGAGGAACAUAAAGAGCGCUGCCACAACUACUUGGAAAGCAUGGGCCUUCCAGGCACGCUGUACCCAGUCAUUAAAGAAGAAACUAAUCACAGUGAGAUGGCAGAAGACCUGUGCAAGAUAGGAUCAGAGAGAUCCCUCGUGCUGGACAGACUAGCAAGUAACGUCGCCAGACGUAAGAGCUCUAUGCCUCAGAAAUUCCUUGGGGAAAAGUGCCUGUCAGACAUGCCCUACGACAGCAGCGCCAGCUACGAGAAGGAGAACGAGAUGAUGACCUCCCAUGUGAUGGACCAGGCCAUCAACAAUGCCAUCAACUACCUGGGGGCCGAGUCCCUGCGUCCCCUGGUGCAGACGCCCCCUGGGGGCUCUGAGGUGGUCCCGGUCAUCAGUCCCAUGUACCAGCUGCACAAGCCCCCUUCAGAGGGCCCCCCGAGGUCUAACCACUCUGCUCAGGACAGUGCCGUGGAGAACUUGCUGCUGCUGUCCAAGGCCAAGUCGGCAUCCUCGGAGCGGGAGGCCUCCCCGAGCAACAGCUGCCAAGACUCAACAGACACCGAGAGCAACACGGAGGAGCAGCGCAGCGGCCUCAUCUACCUGACCAACCACAUCAACCCGCACGCCCGCAACGGCCUGGCCCUCAAGGAGGAGCAGCGGGCCUACGAGGUGCUGCGGGCAGCCUCUGAGAACUCGCAGGACGCCUUCCGCGUGGUCAGCACCAGCGGCGAGCAGGUGAAGGUGUACAAGUGCGAACACUGCAGGGUGCUCUUCCUGGAUCACGUCAUGUACACCAUCCACAUGGGCUGUCAUGGCUUUCGCGAUCCCUUCGAGUGCAACAUGUGCGGCUACCACAGCCAGGACAGGUACGAGUUCUCCUCCCACAUCACACGGGGGGAGCACCGUUUCCACAUGAGCUAAAGCCGCCGCCCGCCAGAUCGCAGAAGCACAAGGACUGCCGCCUCACCCACCCUCCUGCUGGCAGCGUGGACCUCACGGACCCUGUAAUGUUGGGUGCGAAUUUUUAGGUGGCUUUUUUUUUUUUUUUUUCUUUUUCAGUUGGUUUAUUGGGAUUUGAUUUGCUUUUGAAAACAAGAUUUUUAUUGUUAGAGGCAGGACUGCAUCAGGAGCAUUCAGAACUGUUCUGUUCCUAGACGUUGUGUACACUGCUAGCUAAAAUUCCUUCACCUGUGGCUUCCUAGCAUCCCCUUCUCCAAUUAGUCUGGAUUUUCAGAAGGAGUUAAGUAAAACACGUCAGUGCUUGGGAGGGAGCAUGGCAGUCCCUGUACUAAGCAUGGAGUUCAAGCACCCAGGUGUAAUCCCAAAUCCCCCAGAGUGCAGGGAGGGUGGAUCACCUGGAGAGGUGUGGCCAUCCCAGGAAGCUCUGCAAGGUGAGCAGCAGGACCAGCCACCCAUGGUGAGGCCAAAGACGUGGGCCACCAGCAUCCAAAGUAGAAAGACUGUACUUCGUAAAAAAUAAUAUUGUCAUAUUUCACAUAGAAAAAUAAAUCAGGAAAGGUGGUGUGCUGGGCUUCUCUGACCAAAAGGAGGAGGGAAGGAUUGGAGAGCCUUUUAGACUGCUUCUCACCUUCUGAGGUUUGAAAUGUUGCCCAGAUGACAGGGAACCUCCUGAGGCUUGGUGCCAGGUGGAAUGAACUCAGUGAUCCUUGUGGGUAAAUCUGGGGAAUCACUAACCUCUGCUUUAUCAUUCUCCAAACCUGUAAUGACCCCAAGCCCUAUCACUACAUUUUUAAACACCUGUCCUGAAAUUUGGACCUUUAUUCUUUUUUAACUACCCAAACAGUUAAAUUCCUCAGAAACCAAAGCUUUCUUCCCAAUUCCACACUUAUUUCUCUGGGUAUCUAUUCCUUACUAGGGGCUGGUUCUCCCUAAGACCAGAGCCCAAUUCUAACCCUUUAUUUCAAUUAAGUCCAUAUUCUUGUUUGUAGCAGCAGACCUGGAUUUCUUAAUGUUGGUAAAUUUUCCCUUCCUUCCUUCACUAUAUAUUACUCUGGUUUGAAAAUCCAUAAAAUGGUGAUUUAGAAUGACCAUUCAUUUUCAGAUCAAUGAGAUACAUGGAACCCAGCAUCCCAGUUGCUAACACACUGAGCUCACCUGUUAAAAACUACAUAUUCAAAAAUUCUGAAACUCUCAACCAUAAAGGCAAAGUAUUGUGAUAUACCCACAUAUAAAUAUGACACAUGACUUUGCACUUUAUCCCAGUAGGGUAUUGAUAUAUAUUGGGCCAUCAUAUGACCAGCUCAGGGUCCCAGAGAAUAACACCAAUUGGUUUUCACAGGAAAGAAGAAGGUAGUGCUGGAGGUGAGAACGUACCCACUCAUGCUAAGGUAUGGAUACCUGCCAAAGCCCAGGUAAAUGUUUGGGAAUUCUAAUCUCAACCAAGAAGGGUCUUCCUCAAGAUUAAUCAUACCUUUAAAGUCAUCACUCUCCACCACCUCAGCAAAAGAAGAGCAUACAAUUUUAAAUGUUUACAGUACUUAUCUUCACCAGAACUGUCCAAGGUGAACAUAAACUUGUAGAAACAGAGAGGAAAUCAUACAUUAGCAACUCAACAUUUAGUCUAAUCCAGGGUUUCUUAGCACUGGCCCCACUGACAUUUUAGGCUGGAUAACUACUGGUCCUGUGCAUUGUAGAAUAUUUAGCAGCAUCCCUGGUCACCACCCAGUAGAUCCAGCAGCACCUACAGUUGUCAUCUACAAAUAUCUCCAGACAUUUCCAAGUGUUCUAUUGCAAGGGGAAAUCACCUCUAAUUGGGAACCUCUGAUCUAAAUGAAUUCUAAACCAGUCGAAGGUCUGGGAAGCUUUCCAAAGAUAAAAAGCACUUUGAAGUCUUUUCCCAGUCAGCAGUCUCAAGCCGGACUUGUACUCCUUUGGAAUGAUUAUAAAUUCCAUAAAUGAAUUAUUCCCUUUCAGUGUUCACAAAUAUACUUCCUCAUGUGCACUUGAGUUUCAUUGAAGGAAUAGAGUUCACAAAGACUCAUGGAUUUCUACUUCCAGAACAGUGUGGCAUUUUGAAACUGGAAAUAAACAAAUUUAUAACUGUAAUAAUUUAUUCUCUGCCACACCAAUGCACUGAGUGAAGGAAGAGAUGGAGGAACCAGGGCUCUGGGUGGCUUUUGUUCAAUAUGCAAUUACAGAGACACGCCUUAUCCAAAUUCAUAUGCUCGAGGUGAGAACCUUCUUAGAUUUCCAGUUUGCCGGCAGAUUUCACUUGCUCUCUCCAUUUCGAUGUAUCCCAGAAAUUCAGUUGGUUGAAGGGAGUUAUUUUUUCCAGUGGCAUUCAAGCAAGGCUUAAGCCAGAACUGUAAAUAGUGGUCACAGGAGUUCUUUUCUAAAAUGCUUUGCCCCUUCCUCUCACUGCCUUUUAUAGCCAAUAUAAAUGUCUAUUUGCACACCUUUUGUUGUGGUUUUUAUAUUGUAACAGCAUUUUUUGGAACUAUUGUAUUUAAAGUAAGGUUUCAUAUUAUGUCAACGAGUAAUUAAAUUAUGUUUGAAAGGUGGCCAUAUUCUGUACCAAAAGUUGCUGAAGUUUUUCUUCUAGCUGGUAAAAGUAGGAUUUUGCAUGA